AUGUUCAGGUCUUUUGCUAGAUCCUGUAAUUUCAGAUCGUUUAGAUGGUCUGAAAUUCGAGGAUUCUCGAUUAAACGUCGAAAUUUAAUGAUUUAUUCUGCUAGUGCAGCCUUAAUUGGUUAUCACAGUUCUAAUUCUGUAUUGAAAAAGUAUAAUUUAGGAGGUAGAAUGUUAUUUAACGAUUCUUUGAUUCCUGAUCCGAGAGGUGAUACCUACGAAAUGGGGUUAUUCAUUGCGUCUCAAAAUGAUUGGGAAGAUCAGGUAGUUAAUGAAAGAAAUUUAACGGUAAAGAAUUCUAGAAAUAGACUUUAUAGAUAUUGUAAUGUUUUAAUGUACAAAAUUGGUGAUUUCAUGGAGCCAAUUAUGGUUUUUUUACGAUUCAUUGAAUUAUCAUGUAUUUUCGUACCAAUAUUUUGUUUAUACCCUAUUUCUUAUUACGGGAAAUUAGUAAUAUUAAAUAAUAACAAUAAUAAUAAUAGCAAUGAUAAAGCCAAUUCUCCCAGUGUAGAGACUAGUGGUUCAAUGUUAUGGUUUAAAAUGUUGAGAUAUUGUUUAGAGUUGGCAGGUCCAAGUUUUAUUAAAUUAGGUCAAUGGGCAGGCUCGAGAACUGAUUUAUUUCCAGCUGGAUUUUGUCAUGAAGUUAUGAAAUUACAUUCAAACGUUAACCCACACAGUUUAGAGUAUACGAAAUUAAAAGUCUGCUCUGCAUUAGAUAUCCCACAGGAAGAUUUUGAUUAUGUAUUCCAGGAGUUUUCAGAUGAACCAAUUGGUAUUGGCGCAAUUGCCCAAGUUCAUCUAGCUACAUUUUCUGAAGAUUAUUUCAAUUAUAAACAGUUGAAGUCAUCUUUCUCGAAUAGAGAUGUUGCAAUUAAGAUCAUACAUCCUUCAGCUAGGACCAAGAUAAAUAGAGAUUUGAAGAUCAUGAAUUUUUUUGCAAAUUUAUUAGAUUCCAUACCAACCAUUGAAUGGCUAUCAUUCCCCGAUGAAGUAAGAGAGUUUUCCUAUUUGAUGAAUUUGCAAUUAGAUUUGAGAAUUGAAUGCCUCAAUUUGAAUAGGUUCAACGAUAACUUUAAGGAUAACAUCAAAGUGAAAUUCCCAAUUGGUCAUAUAGAAUUGACUACAAGAGAUGUACUUUUUGAGGAAUUUAUUGAUGGUUUGCCUAUCCAAGAAUGUUUAAAUGUCAAAGAUUAUAUCAAUGAUUAUAAUCCACUCUUGUUUAAAAAAAUUAGUGAUCCAUUUAUCAAUGCUUUCCUACAGAUGUUAAUUCUUGAUGAUUUUGUCCAUGCAGACUUACAUCCUGGGAACGUUUUAGUAAGAUUCAUUAAGACAGAUAAAUAUGAGAAUAAUAUUAUUUCUACAGAAUCGGAAUCAAGUAAAAUAAUCGAUUCAUUGAAAAAUAGUAGUAAAAAUGGUAAUUUUACAGAUAGAUUAGUUGAAGUCUUGGAAGAAUAUACACCACAAGUUUGUUUUAUUGAUACUGGAUUAAUUACUGAAUUGAAUGAAACAAAUCGAGUUAAUUUUAUUGAUUUAUUUAAUGCGUUAGCAAGAUUUGAUGGGUACAGGGCAGGUGAAUUAAUGAUCGAAAGAUCUAAGACACCAGAAACUGCGAUUGAUAAAGAGCUGUUUGCAAUUAAAACUGAGAAACUAAUUGCAAAAGUUAAAAAAAAGACAUUUACAUUAGGAACAGUAUCAAUUGGUGAGCUUCUUGAUCAAAUGCUAAACAUGGUUAGAUACCAUCACGUCAGAUUAGAAGGAGAUUUCGUAUCAGUAAUUGUAGCAAUAUUACUGUUAGAAGGAAUUGGCAGACAGCUAGAUCCAAAUUUAGACUUAUUCGAAAGGUUCGUAUUUUCUUUUUAUUGUUAUGUUUAA